AAAUUCAAAGCACUGAUAGGGAUCGCUCUUGUUCAGCCAUUAAUUUAAUCUUCUAGGGUUAGGGUUUCAAAUUCACAAUCUCUGAUCCAAAAGCAAUAAGCACAAGAAAAUGCGUACCACUCGGCGGUGUUGCCACACUUUCCUCGCUUUCAUUCUCAAAUUCGUUAAUUUCCUCCAAACAUUCGUUGGUCUCUCGAUCGUUAUAUACUCUGCCUAUAUGCUUAAUCAAUGGCAUAACAAUCACUCUCAAAGCCCUGUACAUUUACCUCCGUCGCCGGACUUUCCUGACGCAAUUUUGUCGAAUUUCGACGCAGUUAAGGGUCCUGAUCACGUCACUCCUUUGAAUUUGGCAGCCAACGUCGUUUCCGGUCUAGAAUUCAAUGUCCAAAAUCUUCCCGCUCCAUGGUUCAUAUAUGCAUUUAUGGGAGUGGGGGUUGUGGUAUGUUGUAUCUCUUGCAUUGGUCACAUUGGAGCUGAAGCAAUUAAUGGGUGUUGCCUUUGCUUUCAUGCUUUACUCACAACCGCACUCAUUUUACUGGAAGUGGCUUUGGUGGCAUUUGUUGCACUUGAUCAUCAUUGGGAGAAGGAUCUUCCAUUUGACCCAACUGGAGAACUGUAUAGAAUUCGGGCUUUCAUCGAAAACAAUGUUGAAGUUUGUAAGUGGGUUGGAAUCAGUUUGGUUGUAAUUCAGGUUUUAUCCCUACUUCUCGCAAUGAUCCUGCGAGCCAUGGUUUCUAUAAGGCGAGAAGACAGUGACAUUGAGGGAGGCUAUGAUGUUAGCGAUAGAACACCACUGCUAAAUCCACAACUAAGCCAAACAUAUGGGUCAAUCAAAGGCAUUAGAACUCACUCUGACAGCUGGAGCUCACGCAUGAGAGAAAAGUAUGGACUGAGCAAUGGUGGUGAAAACUCUAAUUUACUAAAUCAGAAUGCAUCGGUUGACAUGAAAUCUUAGAAGUGAAGAUCAGAGAACUUACUAUUUCCAGUAAACAAGACCAGACCUGCAAAUGUGUUUACUGAAGGACUCCAGCUAAAGGUGAGCUAUGGGUUAAGGACUGGUUGAUGCCUAUGUGAAAAAUGGGAAAGUUUGUGGUUUGUUUAAUAGUCCAUGAUCACGUAAUAGUUGUUUGAGGUACGUUGAAUAAAUUGAUGCAACCAUCAACUGUGGAGGGUUUGCCACUUGUAUUUUAUUUCCUAACAUUUGAGGAUUGUGUCGGACAUGUUCAUCCUAAGAAAACACAAGUUUGUUAUGUGUAAGGCUGAUAGUCGAAAGAGUUCCACUCGAG